AAAUACUAUUCACAAUUUGUAAUAUUAAUUAUAUAUGAAUCAUUGUUGUGAUUACUUUCAACUCUCUAACUCUGACAACCAGAACAUAUAAGCCAUCAAAUCUAAAUGGCGAUUCUAGAGUAAUUCUAUACAUGUACGACAACCUUAAUUUAAAAUACAUACUGAAGAACAACCUAAAAAAACAUUUUAAUUGCCUGAUGUUUUUAUGACAACUAGAUAAAAUUUACAUAUAGUUGAACAUAAUCAUAUGAUCUAGUAAUCAUUUUAUGAAAUCCUUAAAAAAUUAGAAAAGAAAGCAAGUUAAGUUUAAGUAGUUUAGAGGUUUCUCCAAAUAUUCCAUUCUUAAAUAAAAGCAAAGAUUAGAAAUAUAAAGAACUAACAGAUUUAUAAAAGAGAUAUUCUUAAUACAAGUACAUCAUUAUGCUUAAUUUAAAUAGAAAAUAAUUUCAUAAAGUUAAGAAAUAUCAAUAGCCUUAAUAAUUUAGUGUACCAAUAAUAUCGAAGCAAGAAUCAUUAAUUCUUUAUAAUGGAAUUAAGUUACCAUAUAAUUUAUACAUUAUAAAUAAGAAUAGGUAAUUAGCUAUUAAUAAUCUAAUGUAAAAUGGAAAUGGCCAAGUAGAAAAAUAAUCUAAAUAACAAAUAGAGAUGAUAGAUAAUGAAAUAAAUAAAGUUCGUAAUAUUGGUCAAUAUUUUAA